AUGCUAAAUGAAAGUGGCCGGUUUUAUUUUUCCGGGGGAGGGGAUCAGAUUCGUGCGGUUAGGAGGAGGAAAAGAGCGGACCUUUCGACCGGAACAUAUGUACUAUUGGAGCCAGGAGAGGAUGAGGUGUUUGUGACAGAGGAAGAGUUAAGAAGCAGAUUGAAAGGUUGGCUAGAGAAUUGGCCAGGCAAGUCUCUGCCUCCUGACCUCAGCAGAUUCGAAUGCAUUGAUGAUGCUGUUCAUUUCUUAGUGACUUUUGUUUGUGAACUCGAAAUAGAUGGAGAUGUUGGUUCCAUUCAGUGGUACCAGGUUCGCUUGAAUGAAGAAUGA